GGCAGCAGACCGCCUGUUUGCAAUUCUUCGUAUGUAAUCCGAGUCGUCCGGUGCGGCUAGACGCGUUCUGCUUACCGGAGUUUCGGGCCAUAAGAAUCGAUUUUAUUGUCAAAAGGAGUACAAACAUCUAUUAGCAACAUUCACCAGUGUUCAGACAUUCGUCCUUGUCAAAAUCCACGUCGUGCAAAGCGCAUACCGGCCAUAUUCACGUGCGGCGUUUUUUGUGCUGUGGUUUUGUCUUUUGUUUUGCUUCUUCAUUCGCAUUCAUAUGGCCGUCGAGUCUAGCAUUUAAUUAUUUAGAAGAACAUGUCCGAGUUUUCUUAUUGCUUGUGCAGAAAUUAGUUCGAGUUGUGGCUUUCACUGGACGGUGUAGUCCUGGCUUAGUACGAGAAUGGUAGGACUCUCCGUUGCGGAAAACGUUUACUCCAACGUUCGCCUGCAUGAAAAUUUGUCUGGCCGCGAAAUGAAUUCAUUACCGUCCUCUGGGGCCUCAUCAUCGACGUCGACAUCGGCGCCAACGUCUGCGGACGCGUGUUUGAGCAUUGUCCACUCGCUUAUGUGUCACCGGCAGGGCGGCGAAAGCGAAGGCUUCGCAAAACGUGCCAUUGAAUCGCUGGUCAAGAAAUUGAAGGAAAAACGAGAUGAAUUGGAUUCGCUGAUAACGGCAAUAACGACUAGCGGAUCGCACCCUAGUAAAUGUGUGACGAUACAACGCACUUUGGACGGGCGACUGCAGGUGGCCGGACGGAAAGGAUUUCCACACGUCAUCUACGCUCGAAUAUGGCGCUGGCCGGAUUUGCACAAAAAUGAACUGAAACACAUCAAAUAUUGUCAAUUCGCAUUCGACCUUAAAUGUGAUUCUGUGUGCGUCAAUCCUUAUCACUAUGAAAGAGUACUUUCGCCUGGUAUUGACAUCUCCGUACUCAGUUUACAAUCAGGACCCUCGCGGCUGCUGAAAGAUGAGUACACGGCCGGCGGGUCAUUUGGCGGUGGUGGAUUCGAUAUAGAUGGGAACGAGGUGGCAAAACUUCAACAUCCAGUCAGUAUGGGUACAGAAAAUUAUCCACCUUAUGCAGCAGGCUCAGGUGCUCCAAGACAAAUGAAUGCUUUUUAUUCGUCAUGUGGCAGUGCUUUGUUAAAGAUCGAACCCAGUGAGGUUGGAAGAAAUGUUUGGAUGGUACCGCCGCCUCGGCUGCCUUUGCAUCCUCACUCCAUGCCGUCCCAUACACUGACAUACUCGCAGCAACAUGCUCAGCCAAAUUGUGUACAAGGACAAAGUUUUACAACUGCCUCAUCCUUGCCUCAGAAUGAACAGGCUAUCACGACCCAGUCGAAUUCGGUUGACCACAGCACCCAGCAAUCGCAUUCAGGUCAAUCUAAUGGCUAUUACCCGCCUGUGCUGCCGGAAUCCUUGGCUCCAGAUAUUCAGAUGAGUGCUCCUCCCGCAUCAUCCGUGACUCAAACAAACAGCCAUGUUGGGACGAACCCAAAGCCGCAAGUGCAACAGCUUUAUUCACAGACUUCGACAGGAAAUACUCUGCAUGGAACAUGGACAGGAACUAGUACUCUUACUUACACGCAAUCCAUGCAACCACCAGACGUUCGAAGCCAAGGCGGAUAUUAUAACAACUCUCUUCCCGGUGAUUAUCAGUCAGCGCCACGCCUGCUUUCUCGACAACCUGCGCCUGAAUUUUGGUGCUCCGUGGCGUAUUUCGAACUCGAUGCGCAGGUUGGUGAAACGUUUAAAGUUUUAUCGUCAAAGCCGAAUGUAAUUAUUGAUGGAUAUGUUGACCCGUCGGGAGGAAAUAGAUUCUGUUUGGGUGCAUUGAGUAAUGUGCACAGGACAGAACAGAGUGAAAGAGCCAGACUGCAUAUCGGUAAGGGUGUUCAGUUGGAUUUAAGAGGAGAAGGAGACGUCUGGCUACGGUGCCUUAGUGAAAACUCAGUUUUUGUACAGAGCUACUAUUUGGAUCGUGAGGCUGGUCGCACACCGGGCGAUGCUGUUCAUAAAAUUUAUCCAGCAGCAUGUAUUAAGGUUUUCGACCUGCGCCAGUGCCAUAGACAAAUGCAAUCGCUUGCAUCAAACGCUCAAGCAGCAGCUGCAGCUCAGGCAGCCGCUGUGGCCGGUUUGCCUGCAGCGCAAAAUAACGUGUCUUCUAGGAGUUUGAGUGUUGUGGCCGGGAUAGGUGUCGACGACUUACGUCGUCUAUGCAUUCUUCGUUUAAGUUUCGUAAAAGGCUGGGGACCAGAUUAUCCAAGACAGUCAAUUAAGGACACUCCAUGUUGGAUUGAGCUUCAUUUACAUCGUGCGCUUCAGUUACUGGAUGAAGUUCUUCACACCAUGCCCAUCGAUGGACCUCGAAUAGUUGAAUAGGAGAAAAACGGGAUCGCCUUUGACAGUGUAUUAUUAAAUGACGAAGUGCAAAAUUAUUCAGCGUAGAUGAAUAGGUACUUCAGUUGAAGAGAAAAUAGGUUUAACCAAAGUUGAAGAAAAAUGAAAUUGAAUUUUACUAGUUUGAUAAUUUUUGCAAGCAAAGAUCAGAUUCUUGUUUGAAAGUUAAUUUCGCUAAGGGAGUUAAAUUUGAAGUUGAUGAAUUGCUCAGGUUAGAAUGUUUAGCGGUGCAAGAUGCCAUUUAGGUUUGCAUACUCGUAUAAGCUUUCCUAAAUGUGUUGUUCGAGUAUUUUAAAUCAAGUGAAUUGAAUCCUAUUUUUAAAAUAAGGACGAGAAAAUUGAAGGAACCGUUUCGAAAGCAUCGAACUUCGUCGCAUAUUUACGGCUGUCUCUUCACAUGAUGGAACCUGUUACACCAGCCGCCAACCGAGCUCGGCGUGACGACUAGAGUACAACGACCUUGAGGCGUGGUGAGAGACGUCGUAUGCAUGUGUUGAAGUUCUCUUGCUAUGUCACUCGUAAUUUUGGCCGUUUUUUCCUUCAAUUUCAAAAUUCCAAGAGCUUCUUAUGUCAUGUUUUUGUAUUGAAAGGAUAAUGAUGUAAAAUACUCGACAGCACAUUUAUCUAGGGUCAGGGAGCGAACCGAAAAUUGUCCUACGAGUAUUAUGCCAGCUGCCAGAGUUGGAUUUAACAAAAAAAGCAAUUCUAUUCAUACAUACAAGACGAGCGAGCGUCUUGCACUGAGUAAGCGUAAAAGUUAAAAACAAAAGCAAUUCAUCAAUUUUACAAAAUACGUGUAGAAAAUUCUUUAAUUGUAAAUUUUUGGAAGAGAUCCGGAACUGCCGGCUUAAGUGUACAUACCACGUUUUUAUAAGAGAAUAAGACAUUCACCAAAAGAUUUUAUGUUAUAAACGAAUAUUAUAUUAUUGUAUUUAGAUAAUACGCGUAGGUAUUGCAAUAGGAUAAGUAGAAACCUGAUGUAGAGUUUAAAUUUAAGGUUAAUGAAACGAAAUUGCAUUGUUAUACUCGUCGAGUAGUUUUGAUAUGCUGUUUGAAAGCCUCAAAUGAAUAAAGUGCAAAUACAUGAGAAGA